UGCAAGAAGUUGACCGGGCAGAAGGGGGGGCAUAGAAGGGGGGGGUGGCCAGCUGCCCGUGUGCCCCACAACCAUCGGGAGCCCCGAGAGCAAACUGGACUUCUGGACAGGAUGCCGGAAGCACCAUUGACAUUACCCAUCCUAAUCCGGACCAUAAGGAAUGCCCGGACCCAAGCAGAGGAACGGGAGCUGGUCCAGCAAGAGAGCGCCAAGAUCCGGGGGGCCUUUCGGGGUGACGAACCAGACAGCCGGGCCUCCAAUUUAGCCAAGCUGCUCUACAUCCACAUGCUGGGCUAUCCUGCAUAUUUUGGACAGAUGGAGUGCCUGAAGCUCAUUGCCUCUCAGAAAUUCCAUGAGAAACGGAUCGGCUACCUCGGCGCUGCCCUCCUGUUGGAUGAGAAGCAAGACACCCACCUUCUACUGACCAAUAGCAUCAAGAAUGACCUCUUGCACCCCAGCGCGUGGGUGCAGUGUUUGGCUCUGAGCACCCUCGGGUCUCUGGGCUCGGCGGCCAUGUUUCAGGACCUGGCUGGAGAAGUGGAACAGCUGGCCCGGGUGGGGCAGCCCUCGGUGCGGAGGAAGGCAGUGGUCUGUGCUGUACAUAUUACCCGGAAGGUGCCAGAUCUCACAGACAGAUUCAUUGCACUUGGAGAGCACCUGUUGACUGACCGAAGUCACGGCAUUCUGCACGGAGCCGUCAUGUUGAUCGGGGAGAUGUGUGAACGAAAACCCCAGGCCUUGGAACACUUCUGCAAGUGCGUGUCCCGGUUGGUAGAAAUCCUGCGCAACCUUGUGGUGGCCGGUUACUCUCCGGACAACAGCAUCUCCGGCAUCAACGACCCCUUCCUUCAGGUCCAGAUCCUGAGGCUGCUAAGGAUUCUGGGACGUGACAACGAAGAGAUUAGCGACGCCAUGAAUGACGCCUUGGCCCAGGUGGCCACCAACACGGAGACAGCACGGAACGUGGGCAGCGCCAUCUUGUAUGAGACGGUUCUAACAAUCAUGGGCGUGCACUCUGCCAGCGGACUCCGGGUUCUUGCAGUCAAUAUCCUCGGCCGAUUUCUCGUUAACAAGGAUCGGAAUAUCAGGUACGUGGCCCUAGCAUCCCUACAGAAACUGCUGCAAGCAGAGAGUUCUGCUGUCCAGAGGCACCGGUCCACCGUCUUGGCGUGCCUGACUGACCCAGACCCAACUGUGAAAAGGCGAGCGCUUCAACUUAGCCUUGCCCUGGUGAACAGUAGCAACGUGAGGGCAACAGUCAAGGAGCUCUUGGAUUUCCUCAGCACCUGUGCCCCAGACCUGAAGUCGGAUUGCGCUUCUGGAAUAUUCCUGGCUGCCGAGAAGUUUGCACCCAACAAGCGAUGGCACAUAGACACCAUCCUCCAAGUGCUGACUAUGGCUGCUUCUUACGUACGGGACGAUGCAGUCCCAAACCUCACCCACCUCAUUGCAGGCGCGAAGGAGCUUCAUAGUUAUACCGUGCAGCAGCUCUACGAAGCACUGGCUCAGGAUAUCUCACAGCAACCCUUGGUUCAGGUGGCCACUUGGUGUAUUGGGGAGUAUGGCAACCUCCUAUUAGCUGGGAGCUGCGAAGAAGUCGAGCCUAAGCAGGUAGACCCGGAAGAGAUGCUGUCCCUCUUGGAACGUGUGCUCCAGUCGCACCUCUCCCUGCCGGCCACCAGGGGCUACGCGCUCACUGCUGUCAUGAAACUCGGGACUCGUCUCCAAGGCAACAGCAUCAACCGGAUCCGCAGGCUGGUCUCAAUUUACUGCAGCUGCCACGACAUCGAACUGCAGCAACGUGCGGUGGAAUAUAACGCCCUUUUCCGGAAAUACGACCAUCUGAGGGCCUCUGUGUUGGAGAAGAUGCCCCUCAUGGAGAAAGCCAGUGACACCGAGGAGGGAAGUGAGAGAGAGCAGCCGGGAAGAGAGAUAAGCAUUGCCACAGAUAUCCCACAGGUGGAGCCGUCGGGCAGUUCCAAACCACCGGAAUCUAGCCAGGUCUCCGAUCUCUUGUGUCUCCUUGGGGAGCCUGCUGAACCGUCUCCUUUGCAGCCUGUAAUGGACACCCCGGUGGCGACAGGCUCUGUCCUGGACUUACUCAGGGACCUCAAACCCCCAGCCUCCGCUCUCUCCCGCCUGGUCGUCUACAGCCGAGAUGACCUGCUGGUCGAAUUCUCAAUGGAGCGCCCCCCGCUGGAAACCACGUUACUGCUUAUCACAGCCACGGUGUCUAACAGGGGCUCUGGUGACGUGACCGCCUUUUCUCUGCAAGUGGCUGUCCCCAAGUCCUUUCAGGUGGAGCUCCUGGCUCCCAGCAGGUCCACAGUCCCGGGCCAGGAUGGUCCCCCCGUCACUCAGCUAAUUCGCAUCUUGAACCCCAGGAAGCUCCCGCUCCGGAUGCGGCUGCGUCUUGCCUACACCCUGCCCACCGGGGUGGCCGUCCAACGGAUUGAGGAAAUCAGCUCGUUCCCAGAGGCCGCGUGGCAAUGACCGCCGAGCAACCUGGGAGAUCCACCUCCGCUGUAUGUUUUCC